AUGCUAGCGCUAUCCACACGACGUCAGCACUUUCCAACUGCACCGUCACCACCCUCUUCGCACCACUCCUAUCAACAACUACCCCAGCAAUUCGCCUCUCAGCCACUGCAACUGUUUGACCACAAGUUGCUCAACGACUAUCUCGAAUCUCAACAACAGUCUUUCUGCACGACUACAAGUAGUGCACCCAACUCGUACAUGACGAGCCCAUCAUACUCGGACUUUGCGAGCCCGGCCAUCCGCAUCCAGCAGUCGACACCAACACCGCAGAUGCCCCAGGGCUUCGCGCAACCAUCCAUGAUGGCAGCCAACAACAACACCAGCUCCGGGCUUGACUCGUGGACCAACUAUGGUAAUGUGCAUGGUCAAUCGCUCCAGACACCUUCGCAGCACCAGAACCGCGGCCACCAACGCACAUCCUCAGCGUCGUCUGUAGGCUCAAGUGCCUCACAGUAUCAGACGGUCGGUGCUUCGGCAGGUUACCAGUCGUUCCAGAACCAUCUCCCUACACCUACACAUACACCUACCCAAGACUCCUUCAUGACCACCACCAACUUCAACAACUACUCACAGAACUCUGCCAACAUGAACGACACCAUGUCGGCACACAUGUCGAUGAAGCAGGCGCUCAUGGAUCAGGGAGAUGACGUACCUGACUUUGCCCACUCGGCUAGGCAAUCAGUGUCCAGCUAUGGCCACGACUCUCCCGCGACGCCACACACUGCGCAGGACGACAUGGACUUUAAGAUGCCUGCGAAUGGUGAGCCGCUCCGCAGGAUAGACUCCUGGCUGUUUGACGAGUUCUGUACUUACAAUGAAGCAGACAUGCGACCAGUACCCAAGUUUGAGAGGACUUACACCGACAUUGCUGCCGACACUGGCUUCUACGAGCCCAGCACCGCCACUCAGCCAGUAGCGCAGUCCAAGCCAGCACAGUCGUCGCUGCUGUCGCCGUACCGCAGCAAUGGCAACGAGAACGUACAGCGUGCGCUCCAGGCAGCACAGUACGCGCGGUCGCAGUCGCCAAGCAGCACUGCCUCAAGGAGUGACUCCCCCUUCCGCAGGAGCUCUCCUUACCGUCAGCCCAGCAACACGUUCAACCCGUCCAUGAACACGGCUGUUGCGGCACGUGAGCAGAGCCGACAGGCUGAUGCGGCUUACGCAAUGAAGCCUCAGAUGCAGGCAGCCGACGACUCUGAGACCAAGACCAUCUCGCCCAAAGACGCCCUAUUGGACUACCGGGAAAACGACGACGACUCUAAGGUGCCAUUGUUCCCGGACAGUGGCGCUAACGACUAUGACGGCCAAUACAACGGUGGCGACCAAUAUCGUACCGCCACUCAGUCCAGCUUCGACACACCUUCAUCACAGUCAUAUCGCCGCGACAGUUGGGCAACACCCCAGUUCUCACCAAACUUCUCUACUGCGACUGCGCCAUCACUACAGUCGUCAACCAGCUUCAACUUCGCCACGCCCUCAAUACAAGGCAACAUGCAUGGACUCAACAUGAAUGCGACAUCACAAUACCGACCCACACCUCACAACAUGUCGUCGGCUGUCGACUCUACGCCCGAGUUUCCAGCACACUUGACCUCUAUGGAGUCAAGUGCGAGCGAAGCCGAGCCACCCAACGGCAGCCAAAACAGCGUCUUGUCGGAUCGCUACAUGGGCAAGCCCGCAUCGACUGGCGCCGAGUCUGGAACGUACUCGUGUACGUACCAUGGCUGCUCGCAGCGCUUCGAAACGCCGCAGAAGCUCCAGAAGCACAAGCGCGAGGGUCAUCGAAGUGCCAAUCUCAGCACCGCCAUGACGUCAGCGGCUAUUUUGGAGCGCAAUUCUCAAGCGGGACCCCACAAGUGCGAGCGUAUCAACCCCACAACGGGCAAGCCUUGCAACACCGUCUUCUCGCGCCCAUAUGACCUGACUCGUCACGAGGACACUAUCCACAAUGCGCGUAAGCAAAAGGUCCGCUGCGCACUGUGUGUUGAGGAAAAGACAUUUUCUCGCAACGACGCAUUAACACGCCACAUGCGCGUCGUGCAUCCCGAGGUCGACUUUCCCGGAAAGCAUCGCAGGCGUGGAGGCAACCAUGACUGAGUGCAUGACAUAUGCAGAGUCGACUGACUUGCCGCGGAGACUCGUCCCCUGCAGCAGUUAGCCCACACAUUCCAGAACACGCGCGAACAUUCGACAGCAUGCAGCUUGCUCUUCUCGGGCGGAUUCGACGCACGAAAAUUCUUCCCUGACGAUAUCGUCUGGGCCGAUAUACGCGGCAUCCAGCGUAAGGCUUCUUCGGAGUCCGCCGCAGCAACUGAGCCGAGAGAAGUGCCUAUUUCCGCGCUCCCUGCAUCGCCUCAUCGCCUCACAAGGCCGCGGCACCGAGCUCCACCUUGCAUUGCAUUCAGUUGUCGCUGGACGGAACUGAUCCUUUCCACAAUCUGUACAAUAUUUCCUUUUCUCAAUUUUUAUUUUCGCUUUUCAACUUGCGAGUAUGAGCAUGCCAUUUUCAGCGACCACCGAAGCGGGCGCAUGGGAACAAUGAUUUGAUGAAAAGAGACGGACGGAUUUGAGUGCAACACAAAAGCAUGUAUCAUAGAUGAUGGUCGCGGGGUUACGAGGGAUUAGAUUUCCUUUUUUUCUUUUCUCUCUGCAUGUAUUCGCUCUUUUUUGCGAGCUGCAAGCAUUGUAAUCUGUACAACACUUUUUACUUAUAUUCCGAAAAUUGUUCAAAGUACACAAGUCCACGUCUACAUGUUUUUCCCGUUCUACGUACUUGUAUUAUAGGAACCAUGAGGUGGUGGUGGAUGGACAUGGCAUAUGCAUCGUAGCUAAGUAUGUAGCAAAGAGAUACCCACAAGUUGUCGUUGAUACA